AUGGCCUACUUGGAGCAGCGUGGCUUAAUACAUCGCGACCUAGCAGCCCGUAAUAUUUUACUUACACACCGAACUUCCUCCGGCUUCCCUACGGCAAAGGUGGCUGACUUUGGUAUGGCCCGUGACCUUCAGCUCUCAGGCCCGGUCAGCUGCCCUCCAUUACAAACGACUUCAAUGAGCCCUGCUUGUCUUCCCAACCAAACGGCUCCUAGUUCUUCUUUGAAUACCUCAUUUGGAGUUGGCAGUAAAAUGGAUACUGACAGAAGACAGGAUGGCACAACGGAGAACCUUGCUGGAGGGAGUGUCAGUGGAAGGCCAGUCCAGCACCAGCUGAAUCCCUUUAUCUUUGAGCCUUCCUCGAUCAUCAAGUCUUCCAAGACGUCAGUGUCAGCAUCGACGACACUCUCCUCAGCCCCGAGCCAGCCUUGCCGUCGGGCUGCGUCCACGGCGUCGGGUCUCCAGCGGCCGUUAAAGCCACCGGCCCCACAGCCUCCAAUCACCGCCACUUGCAGAUCGGUAGGUCAUUCGACCGACGGACAAACCUUCGAGGCACGAACCGCUGGGACUGGAACAGCUCAUGAGCCAGUCGUCGAUACAAAUUGUUCGGUCACCAGAAUUGGUAGUCUAAGCUUGUCGGUUUCUGCUGCAACAGACGCUGGUCGCAUUCCCGUAAAGUGGACCGCCCCAGAGGCCGUCAGAUACCAUGUAGGCCAGCGAAUAUAUUUCUCUAGCAUUGCAGUUUAA